GGAGGCAGAGUAUGGGCGUCUCCAUCUGCUCCUCAUUCCCCCGCCAUUGGAUUAGUGAGUUGUAAGUGAUGAGAUCAGCAGGGAUCAGCUUUCAGGAUGGGGCAUUGCUUCAGCAGCAGGCUCUUCCCAUCUGGGCUGUCUCUCUCCUAUGCAGGGGGUGGGGGUGACAAAGGUAAUCUUUAAACACAAAGCAAAAAAAAAAAAAAAAAACUGCCCCCAUAGGGCUUCACCAAAGGACCUGCAGAAGAGAAUCCGCUUCUAUUACUGAUGGCUGGACUAGUGCCACCCUGUAAUGUGCCAGGAAGAACAGGGGUGCCAGUCAGCUGUGCCUUCAACUACAUGUGUGGAUCCAAGAGGGGUGCAGCUGUGCCCUGCGCCUGAUAUGGGAGUAUCAUUCCUCCAGUAACUUUACCAGGAUACCCAGGCUGCUCCCAGGUCUUGGCAGGAGGCUGGCACAACAUCUUGCCCUGUGCCAUUACGCAUUGCACAUCUGGAGGCAGCGCGGAGCACGGAGGGAUUCUAAGGGGGUUCCAAGGAUCCUUUUGUACAAUUUGUAUCUUUUCUGGUUUAUAUGGUGUCUGAGGCUUUACAUGACAAGUACUGGAUCUGUCUUGCUCAUUGUAAGGAAAAGCUUUCCAGAAGACUGCCGAUCUGCCAAGGGUCUUCAUAAGCUGCUUGUGGGGCACAAGUAACAGACUUCAAUAUACAUUUUAUUUUUAAUGAGGUAACAGAAGGAAACAAAGGAACACCUUCCCUUUCCCCUUCCCUGUCCCGUUUCUAUCAACCCACAGACAAGAAAUGGGUCAGAAGAUCUCAGGGAGUAUAAAGUCUGUGGAUGUACGGGACCCCCCUUAUAGACCUGUCAAAAGAGAACUAAGGGGCCCUGACUUUUGUAAGCCUGCUAGACUAGAUAUGCUGCUGGAUAUGCCUAUGGCUACAUUGGAAGUUCAGCACAAACAUGCUUGGAACAAUGAGGACCGGUCUUUGAACAUCUUUGUGAAGGAGGAUGACCGUCUGACAUUUCAUCGGCACCCAGUUGCACAAAGUACGGACUGCAUCAGAGGGAAAGUUGGCUACACAAGAGGCCUUCACGUGUGGCAAAUUCAUUGGCCUACAAGACAAAGAGGAACACAUGCUGUUGUGGGGGUAGCAACGUCAGAUUCCCCUUUACAUUCAGUGGGAUAUACUUCAUUGGUAGGAAGCAAUAGUGAGUCUUGGGGCUGGGACCUAGGACGAAAUAAACUCUAUCACAACUGUAAAAACCAACCUGGUAUUACGUAUCCAGCUUUUCUGGAACCUGAUGAAUCAUUUGUACUCCCAGACUCUUUGCUGGUAGUGUUAGACAUGGAUGAGGGGACACUCAGCUUCAUAGUUGAUGGACAAUAUUUAGGAGUUGCCUUCAGAGGACUUAAAGGGAAAAAACUUUACCCUAUUGUCAGCGCUGUAUGGGGUCACUGUGAAAUUACAAUGCGAUACAUCAAUGGACUUGAUCCUGAACCGUUGCCUUUGAUGGAUCUGUGCCGGAGAUCAGUUCGGUUUGCAAUUGGCAGAGAACGUUUGCACCAAAUCGAAUCUUUACCUUUGCCUCAGGCAUUAAAGAACUAUUUACAAUACCAGUGACAUCAUCACUGCGCCUCUAAGCCUCAGCCGGACAACAACAGAGGAAUGAAAGAAGUGAAGAUAUAAUCCAACACGGCAGAUAUUGUUUACAUGGAAACAAAAUUCCUUUACGAUGGAUAUUUACACAUUAUUUAAUUUUUAAUAUAUAUAUUGUGUUCUUUUUUUCUGGAUGCAGUGCCACAGAGCAUUAAUGGACUACUGGUAAAAUCUUGUCUGAUGUUCCAUCCAGUACUGUCUUAUCAAAAGGAUUCCCGAUUUCUGUCCCACCAUUUAUUUUUCCAUAUAGCCUAUAUAAAAGUUUAUUGUAGUAAAAUUGUAACAUUUUCCACAUCUCAAAGUCACAUAUAACUAUGCUAUUAAAAUAGAAUGAGCAAUGGGUCAAAUAAAUUGCCGAUCAAUGUGGUGACAGUCAUGCGUUGCUGGUAGAAAGCCACCAACAUGCAACCAAUGAUUCAGGAACUUGGCUUAUCCCUACAUGAAUACAAUGCGACUAGAAUACUCACCUUGGAGGGUAUUUCUAGGUGGCCCACAAGUCUAUACAUACUUUACAGCUACAGUUGUGGGAAUUGGGCUUAUGGAAAGGGGGGUACAAUUUAGGUGGACCGUAUCAGUAGAUGGAGUGAACCUUAACAGGGCUCCAAAUCUCUUCAGACACUAUAAACAAGUAAGGACAGAAUUUGCCCAAAACAAUAUGCACCCUUAAGGUGAGCCAGACAUUCUUUGGACCUUUUUGUAGUCAGUAUGUGGAGUGUAGUAGCAUCACCCAGCACCAAGUGAGAGGACUGUUAUAUUUUACACCAUCUCCUCUACGUACACAGUCCUUUCCAAAUGUUUUUGCAUUGUUAAAAAAAAUGCCACUAGAACUGAUACAAAAAACUACUACUGAGUUACGACCCUUGAAUAAUAAAUUCAUUCUAUACAUGAAUAAUGUCUACAAAUAUCAAUUGUGUUACAUGUGCUGAAAAAAACUUGGUUAGGAGCAUUUAAGAUGUAUUUUUUAUUUUUUUUAUAAAGGCAUAAACCACCUGAAUCAUUUGUCAGGCUUUAGGUACUCAGUGAUCAGGCUUCACCCCCUUGAUGACAUCAUAUAUGUGAUACAACAGAUUCCACAAUGGCAUUGUAAAGAGCUUCACUUUCAUCAAGCACAGCGUGGAUAUCAUUAUUGGAUUGACACUGAUGUGUUUCAAAAAUUUGUCAUGAACCCCCCUUUACCUCUGAUGCCCUGAAGCCAUGUAAUUGAGAUAUGCCACUGCUUUUAUUUUUCUAUUUAGAACACUACCCUAUUAUAGCUAAUGUUGGACCCAACCAAGUUAUUCCACAUAUGCAUAUCUCUUUAGUUUGUCAUUUUUGGGAAUUGUCUGGAUUUGGGCAGUGAUGCUUGAGAUUUUUGGAGGGUUUGCUGAAAAAAAAAGUAUAAAUAAAAAAGAGAAUUACUUCAA